UCUCUUUGCCACCAGGGGGCGGUCCUGCUAUAAUGUUUGGCCUAUGGGUGGGGUUAAGUGUGGAGUCCCAAGCUAACUGCCUCCUUUUUUUUUGUACUUUAAGGUAAACAACAUUUAUUGGGCGGGGGCAGGAGGGUGCUUUUUCUCACUAUAAAAUGAUUACCAGCGUGCUUAGUUAAAAUUUUAAAACAGAUAAAGCAUAAAAAUAAAGGUAAUAUAUGUUCAUUUGGAAAUAUAUACUCAUGAUAUAUGCUCAUUAGAACAUUCAGAAAACAUGGAGUAUAAAAAAGGAGCAUAAGUCAUCUGAAUUCUAUCACCCAGAGGUGAACACUGCUAAUAGUUUCUUCUCUUUUCCCCGUUUCUUCCUCUAUGUUCAGUUUAAAUGUCCCAGUUUUGCUUUUAUUGAAACUCAGAGCCAUGAAUGAAAAGACAGACAGAUUUGAUGAUAUGGAAACACGCUGAACAAAGACAAAAGGGCCAACAAAGCAGCAGCCUGGAAGGAAAUACUUGCAAUAAAAAUGAUAGGCAAAAGGGCAAUAAUUGCUAAUGUUUUAUUAGCUGCUCACUGCAUACUGGAUACUGUUCUAGGUGCUUUAUAUACACAGCGUAAUUUAAUCCUCAACCCUGUGAGAUGGGUACUAUUAUUAUCUCUAUUUCACAGAUGAGAAACAGAGAGGUUAAGUGACUUGCCCAAGGUCACACAGCCAGUAAACAGCUGAGCUUGAUUCAAAGCAGCUUGGCUGUGGGGUCCGUACUCCUAACCCCUACAUCAUCUGGACUGUGUAAGCAAGCUAGAAAUAUAAAUAGCAGAAAAAAGAAAAAGAAGACAGCAACAUGCUCUGUCUCACUAGUAAUCAGACAAAUUUUAGUCCUCAUUCUUUAACUUGGCAAACAUUAAAAAUAUUGCAGGCGUCAGGUCUUAUGGAGAAUUGGAUGAAUAAUAAUCAUUGCCACACUGUCAGGAGGGGGAAAUGUAAAUUAUUGCAAAUUUUUGGGAAGGGAAUUUGACUGUGGUCGAACAAAAUAUUUAAAGCACAUCACCUUUGUUCUGGCCACUCUACAGUCAACAACUGAUCCCAUGAAUAUACGUUCCCAAGUGUGCUCAUCGAAGACUUGCUUGCAAUGAUGCCAUUGCUUGUAAAAGCAAAACAUGGAAAACAGUCUUGAUGACUGACAGUAGGGGCAUAGUUAGACAAAUCAGGGCACGGCAGACUGUGGGAACGCAGCACAGUCAUUAAAAAGAAUGAGACAGACCUAUAUUACUGACAUGGAAAAAAUCCCUGUGUAUAUUACUGGUAUAUUGCUCAAUGGGAAAAAAAAACACAUAACAUUGUAUACAGUCUGAUUGCAUUUAUAUUAAAGAACACGAAUGAUACACAAGUAUGUACGUGCAUAAGACGCCCUGGGAAUCUAUUCCAAACAAUUGACAGUGGUUCCCUCUUUGGAAGAAGUGGCAGGGUGACAGUUAAAGGGGGAACUUCUGUAUCUUCACUUUUUGUAUUGUUUGACCCUUUUUACAAUGAGAUUGUACUAUUUCAAUAAUUUUUAAAGCCCCCAGAAAAUAACUUGUUAAAUAUUCCUCUAAAACAGGACGACUCCUCCUCUCCCCUGCCCACAUGGCUGCAAAAUUAUUUAACCAGUUCUUUCCUGCUGGGCACUUAAGUUGGUUCUAACUUUUCACUGUUACAAAUGAAAUUGGGAUGAAUAUCCUUGUAUGUUCAUCUUUCUUUGCCUCUGUGAUGAUUCCUUUAUGCUACUCCCAAUUCAUUAGUGAAGAAAUAAAUAGGCAACACGUAUUUAUUGUUUCUUUGCUUAUGCUCUUAGGGAAAAUAAUGCCAGAUGUGGAAAUACUGGAUUAAAAAUAAGUGGUUGGGGAAUUCCCUGGCAGUCCAGUGGUUAGGACUCCGUGCUUUCACUGCUGAGGGUACAGGUUCAAUCCUGGUCAGGCGAACUAAGUUCCCACAACCUGUGCUGUGCAGCCAAAAACAUAAAGAAAAAAUUUAAAAAUAAUAAAAAAUAAGUGGUUUUGUUAAAGUUCUUGAUGCAUUUUGCCAAGCGUUCUUGGAAAAAAUGAUCCUCACCACCAGGAGUGGAGGAAAAAUUUCACUCCGUAGAACACUUAAAGAGAUAGGACAGGAUCCCAAUUUUAAAAUAUCCACUGAUGCAAUUGAAAACCGAAUAGCUCACAUCCACGUAGUGUAUUAUGUGCCAGGCUCUGUUUUAAGCCUUUCAUAAAUCACUUUUUGAUUUAUUCCUUGCAACAAUCUGACUUUGCCUCUUACUUUAAACUGAGGCAAGGAGGACGGAGUGACUUGGUCAGCGGUCUGAGUUUUUGAGUAAGAAGCCCAGAGUUGAACGUUGAACCUCUAACCAGAAUGGCUUAAGGCUCUGUGUUCAUGCCUUUUCUAAUAUCAAGGCAAUCUUAACUUUUUUUGCAAAUGGUAAGUUAGUAACUAUUUUCCCCUUUACGGACCAUAGUUUACGUCAGGACUACUCCACUCUGCCCUUGUAACUCGAAAGCAAUAAGACAGGAUGUCUAUGAGUGCACGUGGCUAGGCUCCGAUAGAACUUAUUUGUGGACACAUGAAAUUUGAAUUUCCUGUAAUGUUCAGGUAUUGUCAAAUAGUCUUCUUUGGAUUUUUAAAAAAGUCAAAAUCAUUCUGAGCUUGCAGGCCAUACAAACACAUGCAGUGGGCCAGUUUUGGCAAGUGAGACAUAGUUUGCCCAACCCUGUUUUAUUUUUUAUUUUUAUUUUUUUUUUUUGCGGUACGCGGGCCUCUCACUGUUGUGGCCUCUCCCGUUGCGGAGCACAGGCUCCGGACGCGCAGGCUCAGCGGCCAUGGCUCACGGACCCAGCCACUACGCGGCAUGUGGGAUCCUCCAGGACCGGGGCACGAACCCAUGUCCCCUGCAUCGGCAGGCGGACUCUCAACCAACUGCGCCACCAGGGAAGCCCGACCCUGUUUUAUUUUUAUUUAUUUAUUUAUUUUUUGAACAGUGGCGCACCCUGCAGGAUCUUAGUUGCCUGACCGGGGAUCAAACCCAGGCUCAGAGAAGUGAAAGCACGGAUUCCUAACCACUGGACCGCCAGGGAGUUCCCAAUGCCUACCCCUGUUUUAGAUGUUCACAUAAAUCAAAGAUAUUAACCCAUUGUAAUUAAUGUUGCAAAUAUUUUAUACCAACUUAUUUUAUGGCUUUUUUGUUUGUUUGUUUGUUUUUGGCCAUGCCACACGGCAUGUGGGAUCUUAAUUUCCAGACCAGGGAUCGAACCCGCGCCCCCUGCAGUGGAAGUGCGGAGUCUUAACCACUGGACUGCCAGGGAAGUCCCUUAUGGCUUCAUUUUUUUACUCUUAAUUCUUUUAUUGAUCUGAAAUUUAUUUUGUCGCAUGAUGUAUGGUAAGGUUUGAACUAAAUUUCUUUCCCAAAUGGUAAACCAGUUGUCUAAGUUACAGCUAUCGAAUAUUCCAUCCUUUCCCCACCAAUUUGAAAUGCCAUCUUUAUUAUGAAUUAUUAUUGAAUAUUUUUAAAAUAAGUUAUGCUACAUUUUUUUAAAUUUUUUAUUUAUUUUAUUUAUUUAUUUUUUUUGGCUGCGUUUGGUCUCCGUUGCUGCACGUGGGCUUUCUCUAGUUGUCGCGAGCGGGGGCUACUCUUUGUUGCGGUGCGUGGGCUUCUCAUUGUGGUGGCUUCUCGUUGUGGAGCACGGGCUCUAGGCGCGCGGGCUUCAGUAGCUGUGACACGCGACCUCUAGAGCUCAGGCUCAGUAGUUGUGGCGCACGGGCUUAGCUGCUCCGCGGCAUGUGGGAUCUUCCCAGACCAGGGCUCGAACCCGUGUCUCCUGCGUUGGCAGGCGGAUUCUUAACCACUGCGCCACCAGAGAAGCCCUAUGCUACAUUUUGUAGAUAAGAAGAGAGAUAUAUAGACAGUUGAAAACUAGAGUCUAUUCUUUUCUGUUAAUGUUUAUUUAUUCUUAUAAUAGUACCACACUAUUUACAUUGUUGUCAUUUUAUAGUAGGUUUCAUUCGCUUUUCCAAAAUUUUAUUAUGAUAUUCUUGCCUAUUUAUUCUCCCAGAUAUAUUCUAGGUCAGUCUUCAAGAUCUUUUCCCAAGUGGCUUCCCCCAAGCCCACUGGAAUGUUUAUUUGUAAGUUUUUUUCGUUUUGUUUUGUUUUGUUUUUGCGGUACACAGGCCUCUCACUGUUGUGGCCUCUCCCAUUGCGGAGCACAGGCUCCGGACGCGCAGGCUCAGCGACCAUGGUUCACGGGCGCAGCCGCUCCGCGCCAUGUGGGAUCUUCCCGGACCGGGGCACGAACCCGUGUCCCCUGCAUCGGCAGGCGGACUCUCAACCACUGCGCCACCAGGGAAGCCCUAUUUAACUUCUGCUGCCAGUGUCCUGUCCUCACGGUGAGACACAGCCACCCCGCACCUCUGCAGGAGACCCUCCAACACUAGCAGUCCUGCAGAAGUCCUGCAAUCAAAUCCCGCUAGCCUUCAAAGUCUGCUUCUCUGGGAAUUCCUCCUCCCGUUGCCGGACGGCCAGGUUUGGAAGCCUGACGUGGGGCUCAGAACCUUCACUCCAGUGGGUGGACUUCUGUGGUAUAAGUGUUCUCCAGUUUGUGGGUCACCCACCCAGCAGUUAUGGGAUUUGAUUUUAUUGUGAUUGCGUCCCCUCCUACCGUCUCAUUGUGGCUUCUCCUUUGUCUUUGCAUGUGGGGUAUCCUUUUUGGUGAGUUCCAGUGUCUUCCUGUCGAUGAUUGUUCAGCAGUUCGUUGUGAUUCUGGUGUUCUUGCAAGAGGGAGUGAGAGCACGUCCUUCUACUCCACCAUCUUGAACCAAUCUCCCCUAUCUAUUUCUUCUUAAGUAAGCUUUGGUAGUUUUGCAUUUCAAGGAAUUUGUUUAUGCCAUGUAAACUGUCAAAUUUAUCAACAUAAAUCGGUUCGUAAAAAUACCCUCAUUAUCCUUUUAGUGUCUGAAGGGCCUACAGUGAUAUCCCCUCUUUUAUGACAGUGUGAAAGUACUUUACAAACCUCUGCUUCUACCGCAUUUGCUAUUGUCCUGCUGGCCAAAACAAGUCACAUGGCUGAAUCAUUACUUCGAUAAUCUGCCACACGGUUCCUCUUCGUGAGCAUGUGCCCUCGGAGCUGUGGGAGCCCUUCUACACCGACCAGUAUGCACAGGAGCACGUGAAGCCCCCGGUGACGCGGCUGCUGCUCUCGGCUGAGCUCUACUGCCGGGCCUGGCGCCAGGCGCUGCCGCAGCUCGAGACGCCCCCCAGCCCCUCUGCGCUACUGGCCCUGCUGGCGCGGAGGGGCAUGGUGCCCGCGCUGCCCGAGCGCCCGGUGCAGGAGGCCGACCUGAGGCACCAGCCUAUCCUCAUGGGAGCCCACCUAGCUGUCAUUGAUGCCCUCAUGGUUGCCUUCGCCUUUGAGUGGACAAAGACACUGCCUGGUCCCUUGGCCCUGGCCAGCUUGGAGCACAAGCUCCUUUUCUGGGUGGACACGACCAUCCGGCGGCUGCAGGAGAAGACAGAGCAGGAAGCUGCCCAGAGGGCAUCUCCCGCGGCCCCUGCCGAUGGCGUGGCCCCAGCGCAGGCUUCGUGUCCCACACGCUGGUACUGGAAGCUGGUUCCUCACGCAAUUGCCUUCUGUUUGAAGGAGUCGGGGAGCAAACCCCCCAUGAUCCGAUAUCGCAAGGACCGCGCCGUGGCCCGACGCGCCCCCUGCUUUCCGACCGUGACCAGCCUCCAGGACCUGGCAAGUGGGGCUGCGCUGGCCGCCACGAUCCACUGCUACUGUCCCCAGCUCUUGCGCCUCGAGGAGGUGUGCCUCAAGGACCCCAUGUCUGUGGCGGACAGCCUGUACAACCUCCAGCUGGUGCAGGAUUUCUGCGCCUCCCGCCUUCCUCGGGGCUGCCCGCUCUCUCUCGAGGACCUGCUUUAUGUCCCACCGCCCCUCAAGAUCAACCUGAUGGUGCUGCUAGCGGAGUUGUUCAUGUGCUUCGAGGUGCUGAAACCCGACUUCGUGCAGGUCAAGGAUCUGCCUGAUGGUCACGCUGCCUCCCACAGGGCCACGGAGGCCUCCCCACCUCAGAACAACAGCGGCAGCAGUUCUCCUGUCUUCAACUUCCGCCAUCCACUCCUGUCAUCUGGCGGCCCCCAGUCCCCACUCCGAGGAUCCACAGGCUCGCUGAAGUCCUCCCCGUCCAUGUCCCACGUGGAGGCCCUCGGCAAAGCCUGGAACCGUCAGCUCAGCCGUCCCCUUUCCCAGGCCGUGUCGUUCAGCACUCCCUUUGGCCUGGACAGCGACGUGGAUGUUGUCAUGGGAGACCCCGUCCUACUCCGCUCCGUCAGCUCAGACAGCCUGGGUCCCCCGCGCUCUGUGCCAGCCCGGACCCCCACCCAACCAGCCCCGGAGACUGGCGACCUGCCUACCAUCGAGGAGGCCCUGCAGAUCAUCCACAGUGCCGAGCCCCGGCUGCUCCCAGAUGGGGCUGCCGACGGCAGCUUCUACCUCCACUCUCCCGAGGGGUCCUCCAAACUGCCACUGGCUUCCCCCUACCCACCCGAGGGGGCCACCAAAGCACCCACCUACUCGCCCCACCCCGAGGGCCUCUCGAAACCGUCUCCCUGCCCAGUGGGGGAGGUAUCGAAACCGCCAGCCCUGUCUGAGGGCUCCCCGAAGGCGGCGGCUUCAUCCCCAGUGGCCAGCAACUCUGAAGUGAAGAUGACCAGCUUUGCUGAACGCAAGAAGCAGCUGGUGAAGGCCGAGGCUGAGGCAGGGUCCCCGGCAGCCACCCCAGUGGCACCAGAGGCCCUGAGCUCAGAGAUGAGUGAGCUUGGAGCCCGGCUAGAGGAGAAACGCCGGGCCAUAGAGGCUCAGAAGCGACGGAUCGAGGCCAUCUUUGCCAAGCACCGCCAGCGACUGGGCAAGAGCGCAUUCCUGCAGGUGCAGCCGCGGGAGGCCGGCGGGGAAGCAGAGGUGGAGCCGGGCCUGGCCCCUGGUGGGGAGCGGCCGGCAGGCGAGGGCCAGGGUGAGCCGUCGCCACGGCCAAAGGCAGUGACCUUCUCGCCGGAACUGGGCCCGGUGCCCCCCGAAGGGCUGGGGGACUAUAACCGGGCGGUCAGCAAGCUGAGUGCAGCGCUGAGCUCGCUGCAACGGGACAUGCAGAGGCUCACGGACCAGCAGCAGCGGCUCCUGGCCCCGCAAGAGCCCUCUGGGCCUGCCCCGCCUCCCGCAGCAUGGGUCAUCCCUGGUCCCACGACGGGCCCCAAAGCCGCGUCCCCCAGCCCCGCCCGGCGUGCUCCAGCUGCCCGGCGCAGCCCCGGGCCUGGCCCCAGCCCCACACCCCGGAGCCCGAAGCACGCACGGCCGGCGGAGCUGCGGCUAGCACCCCUGACGAGGGUGCUCACGCCUCCCCACGAUGUGGACAGCCUCCCCCACCUGCGCAAGUUCUCGCCGAGCCAGGUGCCCAUGCAGACACGCUCCUCUAUCCUUCUGGCGGAGGGGCCGCCUCCCGAGGAGCCCGCGGCCCGGCCUGCCCUCGUCGAGAUCCCGCUGAGCAGCCUGGAAGAGCCCACGGCUGAGGAUGACGGAGAUGGGAGCCCCCCUGGUGCUGAGGAUUCCUUAGAAGAAGAGGCAUCUUCAGAGGGAGAGCCCCGGACCGGGCUGGGAUUCUUCUAUAAGGAUGAAGACAAGCCCGAGGACGAGAUGGCCCAGAAGAGGGCCAGCCUGCUGGAGCGUCAGCAGCGGCGGGUGGAGGACGCACGGCGGCGGAAACAGUGGCAGGAGGCCGAGAAGGAGCAGCGGAGGGAGGAGGCUGCGAGGCUGGCCCAGGAGGAAGCAGCCCCCGGGCCCCCGGCCCCCGCAGCUCCUGCGGCUCCUGCCUCAACCGCAGCCCCUGCCACCCGGGCCCCAGCCGAGGAGGAGGUGGGCCCCCGGCGGGGGGAGUUCACGCGGCUCGAGUAUGAACGCCGGGCCCAGCUGAAGCUGAUGGAUGACCUCGACAAGGUGCUGCGGCCCCGGGCGAUGGGGAGCGGGGGGCCGGGCCGGGGCGGUCGGAGGGCCCCCCGGCCACGCUCCGGUUGCUGUGAUGACUCGGCCCUGGCGCGAAGCACAGCCCGUGGCCUGCUGGGCUCUCGGCUCAGCAAAGUCUACUCCCAGUCCACCCUGUCUCUGUCCACUGUGGCCAACGAGGCGCCCAAUAACCUCGGCGUGAAGAGGCCCACGUCUCGGGCUCCAUCUCCAUCCAGCCUCAUGUCCCCAAGCCGCCUGCCUGGCAGCCGAGAACGUGAGUGGGAGAACGGCAGCAACGCCUCCUCCCCGGCCUCAGUGCCUGAGUACACGGGUCCGCGGCUGUACAAGGAGCCGAGCGCCAAGUCCAACAAGUUCAUCAUCCACAACGCCCUGUCGCACUGCUGCCUGGCGGGCAAGGUGAACGAGCCGCAGAAGAACCGCAUUCUUGAGGAGAUCGAGAAGAGCAAGGCCAACCACUUCCUGAUCCUCUUCCGCGACUCAAGCUGCCAGUUCCGGGCCCUGUACACGCUGUCCGGGGAGACGGAGGAGCUGUCGCGGCUGACAGGCUAUGGCCCCCGGACGGUCACGCCCGCCAUGGUGGAGGGCAUCUACAAGUACAACUCGGACCGAAAGCGCUUCACCCAGAUCCCCGCCAAGACCAUGUCCAUGAGUGUGGAUGCCUUCACCAUCCAGGGGCACCUCUGGCAGAGCAAGAAGCCCACCACUCCCAAGAAGGGCAGCAGCACCCCCAAAUAGCCCCGUCCCGGGUGGUCCGCAGGCCGGGCCCCAUGUGCUCUGGCCACCGCCCUCCUGGGGGACAGCCCAGAGGACAGUCCAUUGGUAUGCCCGGGUCCUGUCUGUCCCCCCGUGACCUCGCCUGGGUGGGGCUGGAGUCCCCACCCCCUUACUUUGGUCCCGUCCUGCUGUGGGGGCUGAGCUGGGAGGUUCAGGGACUCAGGGCUCAGCUCAGUCCCCCAUCUGUCCUCCCCACCUUCUCGAAUAAAGUAAUUUAAAGAGAGCUC